CCGGCCGCAGGCUGUCGAAGCCGGAGUGCCACCUGUGUCCCCACAGCUCUGUCACGAAUCCCGGUCGGGUUCUGGGAGGCACCGCCUCGGGGUGGCGGGCCGGGUGCGGCUCGGCGGUGGAGGACUCACUUCCUGCUCCAUCCCCGGCUGGGCCCUGGGGCGGAACUCAUGACCCUUGAUAAUGUGGCUGGGGACUUCAGGGAAGAGUGGGUUACCUGGACACUGCUUAGAGAAUCCUCUUCAGGAAUGCCACCCAGCACAGUUAGAAGAAUGGGCUCUCAAAGGAAUUUCCAGGCCUAGUGUAAUCUCCCAGCUGGAGCAGAAAGAAGAGCCAUGGGUCCUACCACUCCAAAACUUUGAGGCAAGGAAGAGCCUGAGGGAAAGCCACACAGACUUUGAGCAUCAGGUGGCAAAGCUCAAUCAGGACAUUUCUGAAACAGCAGAACAAUGUGGAACAUCCUCAGAAAGGACCAAUAAAGAUCUUUCUCAUACUCUUAGUUGGGGAGGAAACUGGGAGCGAGGCCUAGAAUUAGAAGGGCAACAUGGAACCCUUCCAGGAGAGGGCCAGCUGGAGCCCUUUUCACAGGAGAGGGAUUUAAACAAGCUCCUGGAUGGAUAUGUAGGAGAGAAGCCUAUGUGUGCAGAAUGCGGGAAAAGCUUUAACCAGAGUUCCUAUCUCAUAAGACACCUAAGAACCCACACUGGCGAGAGGCCCUUUACGUGCAUUGAGUGUGGGAAAGGCUUCAAACAGAGCUCAGACCUUGUCACCCAUCGCAGAACACACACAGGAGAGAAGCCCUACCAAUGCAAGGGGUGUGAGAAAAAAUUCAGCGACAGCUCAACACUCAUCAAACAUCAGAGAACCCACACAGGGGAGAGACCCUAUGAGUGCCCAGAGUGUGGAAAGACUUUUGGGCGGAAGCCACACCUCAUAAUGCACCAAAGAACCCACACAGGCGAGAAGCCCUACACGUGCCUGGAAUGUCACAAAAGCUUCAGUCGAAGCUCAAAUUUCAUCACUCACCAGAGGACCCACACAGGGGUGAAGCCUUACAGGUGUAAUGACUGUGGGGAGAGUUUUAGCCAGAGCUCGGAUUUGAUUAAGCACCAACGAACCCACACGGGAGAACGGCCCUUCAAAUGCCCGGAGUGCGGGAAGGGCUUCAGAGAUAGUUCUCAUUUUGUAGCUCACAUGAGCACUCAUUCAGGAGAAAGGCCUUUCAGUUGUCCUGACUGCCACAAAAGCUUCAGUCAGAGCUCACAUUUGGUCACGCACCAAAGAACACACACAGGUGAGAGACCUUUUAAGUGCGAAAACUGUGGAAAAGGAUUCGCCGACAGCUCCGCCCUCAUUAAGCACCAACGAAUCCACACAGGAGAAAGACCCUACAAAUGUGGAGAGUGUGGGAAGAGCUUCAAUCAGAGCUCCCACUUUAUUACCCAUCAGCGAAUCCACUUAGGAGACAGGCCCUAUCAAUGUCCUGAGUGUGGCAAGACCUUCAAUCAGCGUUCUCAUUUCCUCACACACCAGAGAACGCAUACAGGAGAAAAACCUUUCCACUGUAGUAAAUGUAACAAGAGCUUCCGUCAGAAAGCGCAUCUUCUAUGCCAUCAAAACACCCAUUUGAUUUAGGAAAUAGUCUUUAGUGUUCUGCUGCUCCCUUGCAAAUUUUCAUUGCUACCGUCUUCAAGCACCCCAAAUAGAGAAAACCUGGGCAUCAAUGGCUCAAUUUGGGCCCUGAUCUAUUCUCCCUCUUUGUCUAUGUUAUAACAGAGAGGAUAAACUUAAAGGGUCCGAAUAACGAUCCGAAUACAGAAGGCAUUCCUUCAGUGUGUGACUGACUCUUAGGGAAAUGUGAGUUUAAUAGUUGAUGCCGGCCAGGCGUGGUGGCUCACACCUGUAAUCCCAGCACUUUUGGGAGGCCAAGGUGGGUGGAUCACUUGAGGUCAGGAGUUGAGACCAGCCUGGCGAACAUGGUGAAACCUCGUCUCUACUAAAAAUGCAAAAAUUGGCUGGGCAUGGUGGCACGUGCCUGUAGUCCCAGCUACUCGGGAGGCCGAGGCAGAAGAAUCAUUUGAACUCGGAAGGUGCAGGUUGCGGUGAGCUGAGAUCACGCCACUGCACUCCAGCCUGGGCAGCAGAGAGAGACUCUGUCUCCAAAAAAAAAAAAAAAAAGUUGAUGCCUAGUUACUAAAUGAGAAGUGAGAAAAAUGUGGCCUAGAGAUCACAUGUUAACCACCUAGUACAGUGCCUGGCACAACAUAGAUGCUCAAUAACUAAAUGGUCACAUUAUUAUUAAUGAUUAAUAUUUGAGGUCGUAUAUAAAGGCUUUAAUGCAGUACCUGGCCCUUAAAAGACACUCAAUACAAGAUUGGUGGCUUUUA